AUGGCCGACAAGGAUGAUUGGUCCACUGACGCCAAUGAGGCGAUCAAGAUGAGCCUUUGGCGACCGUCCAACGACGGUCCACAGCCUCUGGGCGCCCCAUUCUAUCCUCGCUAUACCUACUCUGUCUUUGGAGAUGAGCAACAGAUUUUUGGAUACAAAGAUCUUGAAAUCCAGCUAAAAUUUCGGUCGAAUGACAUGCGCCCUUUCUUCCAACUCAAGUACAAGAGUCGAUUCGAGGCCAUUGGCGAAACAGAACCUACCGAUAUCAAGGAGGAGCUGCAGCAGCACCUCCCACCCGUUGCUUUUGGCUCAGAGGCAGACUGGGUGGAGAGCGCGAAGCAGUCAUCAUUAGUAACCUCGUGGACGCCGCCUGGCGAACUUUAUACCACCAUCACCGAGAGCAGUGGCACGUACGAGGUUUGGAAGGGCACCUUGGCAGACCCCGCCAUCAUGCAGCUUAUCAAACGAAUGCAAAUCCUUGUUUUGCUCUUUAUUGAAGGCGGGUCAAAUAUCAUCGACCCCGAUUCCGAUGAAGCCGAUGAUCGCUGGACCGUCUGGUUCCUAUACAAGAAAGAGAGGAGCGAAUAUCGCUUUGUCGGUUACUCGACGGUGUACCGGUUCUACUUUUUCGACAAGAAGGCCAUCACCACGCGCACACCUUCUGACCCGUAUGAAAUCCCGGAGGGUAACUUCGAUCUCGCCCAGCACGAUUCCCGUGUUCGAUUGUCGCAGUUUCUGAUUUUGCCGCCUUACCAAAACGAUGGCAACGGGUCCCGCCUUUACCAGACCAUUUUCAACCACUACUAUACCCACCCGCAAACAAGGCAAUUCACCGUUGAGGACCCUAAUGAAGCAUUCGAUGAUCUCCGGGACGUAUGUGACUUGGAGUUUCUCCAAACGUUGCCCGAAUUCACGAGCCUAGCCUUCAAGUCUGGCGUCACUGUUCCUAGGGAGGGCCAGCUUCCAGAACUUAUUGAUAGGAAAGCCAUUGAGACUGCCCGAGAAAAGUCCAAGAUUGUGCCGCGUCAGUUCAUGCGCUGCUUAGAAAUGUAUCUCAUGUCUAGACUUCCCGAGUCCGUUCGCCCCAGCCUGGAUCUGGAAGACACGCAAAGCCAGAAGCGGGUCGUCAAGCCAGCCGAGCGACAACAAUACCAUCUAUGGGAACUCUUUAUCAAGUCCCGCCUUCUCAUCCACAACAGGGAUGCGCUCGCGGAGAUGGAUCUUCCCGAAAGACUCGAAAGACUGGAUAGGACCUUUGAGGGCGUCAAGACGGGACAUGCCAACAUCUGGCACAAAUUUGAACGUUUCCAUUCGCGUGGUAAAACCGCAGGUCUCUCUUCACUUGUUCUCAUCCCUCCUCAAGAAACCGAAGACCACGCCUCUGCAACGCUCGUAUUGAAAAUGGCAGACCCUUUCGAGGUGCGCAUGCGCUUUACAAAACAGCUGCAGCAGCUGAACGCGUCCGUGACUGCGACGCAGAAGGCCGCACAGUAUGCCCUCAAGUAUAAGGAUAUGGAUGAGGACCUUCACUCAUGCAUCGUCGAGCAGCUCGAGCAGAAUCGAAAUAUGAAUACACGCGCCAACAUCAUGUACUUCAUUGAGCAGUUUUUGCAGUUGGCGAGCAAGGACGGCCACACUAACUACGUGCGGAUGAUGCAACGGGAUAUCAUCCGAGUAGUGGAUGCCGUGGCGCCCGACGACGGCACUGGAUCAGCGAAUGUCCAGGUAGUUAGACGACCGGCGACCUUUGAGGAUGUUCGCCAGAUUGAAAGGCGGAUAGAGGAGGACAGAGAGCGCCACAAGAGACUCAGGGAAACAAUGUGGGCUGUCCCGACGGGACCGGAAGAUAAGCCCGAAUGGGAGAAAUUGUGGGAAGAGACUAGCGAUUGGGGAUCUGACGACGAUCUGAUGGCCAAGGAAGAGCGUGAGAUGCGCGGUAGGGAGUGGUCGUCGUACUGCUCUCAUUAUGCAAGCUGA